AUGAUCGACUGUCACGCGCAUCUCGUCGACAAAAAAUUCAAGAAUGAUAUCGACGAGGUGAUCGAGAAAGCGAAAGAGGCUAGAGUAUCAAAAGUGGUGGUGGUCCCCGAGUGGCCGUCACAAUUCGACGCAGUCUUUGAGCUCUUCGCGAGACAUCCCGAUUUUAUCGUCCCAUCCUUGGGUCUCCAUCCGAUUCGGAAAAAUCACAAAGGUGUCAAUCGAGAGGAGCUGAAAGAACUCGAGGCGGCUUUGGAAAAGUAUAAAGGGCUGGUGAAAUGUAUCGGUGAGGUUGGACUCGACUACACAGUGACUCUUUGGAAAAUCGACGAGGAUAGCAUGCAAGCGAUGAGAGAUGUUUUAAAAGAAGAAACUCGACUCGCUCUACUGUAUGACUUACCCAUGACAGUUCACUCGAGAACCGCUCACAAAGAGACGAUCGCGCUUCUUAUCGAAAACGGCGCGAAACGAGUGGCUAUGCAUGCAUUUGGAGGGACACCAGAAGAGGCUAAACACGGUGUUGAGCAUGGCUUUUACUUUAGCAUCCCUCCAUCAUUUUCAAUCAAUGACCAGGGCGCCGCUUUGGUUGCCUCCAUUCCACUCGAGAAUCUCCUGUUAGAGACCGAUUCACCGGUACUUGGCCCGGUGAAAGGUGAGCGAAAUGUGCCAGCAAAUCUAAUAGCAUCAGCUAAAUUCAUAGCAAAGGUCAAAAACCUUUCCGAGAUCAAUGUCAUCGAGGCGACGAGCGCUAAUGCAAGGAAAUUGUUUCGCUUA